ACAUUGGAAGCCUUGAUGUGCCUCGGCCAAACAGCAGGGUGGAGAUUGUGACCGCAAUGCGGAGAAUCAGGUAUGAGUUUAAAGCAAAGAACAUCAAGAAGAAGAAAGUGAGUCUCCUGGUGUCAGUGGACGGGGUGAAGGUACUGCUGAAGAAGAAGAAGAAGCUGCCUUCGUUGCAGAAAAGAGAGUGGACCUGGGACGAGAGCAAAAUGCUGGUGAUGCAGGAUCCCAUCUACAGGAUAUUCUACGUGUCCCACGACUCCCAGGACCUGAAGAUCUUCAGCUACAUCGCCAGAGACGGCUCCAGCAACGUCUUCAGGUGUAACGUCUUCAAGUCCAAGAAGAAGAGCCAGGCCAUGCGCAUCGUCCGCACCGUGGGGCAGGCCUUCGAGGUCUGCCACAAGCUGAGCCUGCAGCACACCCAGCAGGACGCGGACGGGCAGGAGGAUGGUGACAGCGAGGACAUGGGUGGCCCAGCCUGUCACCCAGCCAGAGCUGAGAAGGUAGCUGUCCCCGCAGAGGAGACCGAUAUCGACGCAGUGGAGAUCCCUCCACCAGGGAACAGCACCCUGGAGUUCAGCCGGGGGGUGACGGACCUCGACGCCGUGGGGAAGGACUUGGGGCACUCUCCGGACACCAAGGACUCCCUCCACUCUGAGAGUAUCCUGACUGCAUCGCCCAAGCUGCUGCUCCCCUCCUCCUCCCAGCUGCCGGACCUGGGGACCCCUCUCUCCGCUCAUCACCAAAUGCAGUUUCUCCGGCAGCUUCUGCAGCAACAGACGCAACAGACACAAGUGGCCAUGGCCCAGGUUCACUUGCUGAAGGACCAGCUGGCUGCAGAGGCAGCAGCUCGGCUGGAGGCCCAGGCGCGCGUGCACCAGCUCCUGCUGCAGAACAAGGACAUGCUCCAGCACAUCUCGCUGCUGGUCAGGCAGGUGCAGGAGCUGGAGCUGAAGCUGUCAGGAAGCAAUACCAUAGGCUCCCAGGACAGUCUGCUGGAGAUAACCUACCGCUGCAAUGCCCUGCCGGUGCUGUGCGACCCCACCACCCCGAAGCCUGAGGACCUCCACCUGCAGCUGCUGGGCCCUGGCCCUGAUUCCACCCAUGCCCUGGGCAGCCCCAUAGGUAGGAGUGACUGCUUGGUGAAGCUGGAGUACUUCCGCUUCCCCCCAGGCGCUGCGUCACCGUCAGAGCCACUCCUGGGCAGCCUGGAGCUCAUCAAGUUCCGUGAGUCGGGCAUUGCCUCGGAGUACGAGUCCAACACGGACGAGAGCGAGGAGCGUGACUCGUGGGCCCAGGAGGAGCCACCGCGUCUGCUCAACGUGCGGCACACACAGGGCCUGGGGGACAGCCUGGACGAUGAGAUCGCUGUGUAGGAGGGUGGCUGUCUCUAGACCGAGACAAGGAGGAGAUAGUCCUGGGGAGGGAAGCAGCUGCUGGAGGCCAGGGCUCAGUUCAGUGCUUUAGGCCUGGGUAGGCAGUAAAAGCUCCCUCUCUGCCCCUGUGGCAGGACAAAGUCAGGGCUGCGCUACCUGCAGCCCACACCAUCCCAGCAGGCUCUCAGAGCUGUAAGUGCAUGUCCUGGCCUUGCUGUGAGAGAGAGGAGAUUGAGUGAGCACCCACCCAGCACAGCCACAGAGCACACAGGAGCAGGCACAGGCACAUACCCUCCUACGAUGUGCAGUCACGUCCGCAGGUCCCUCACCGCGCUGCCCCAAGGCUCUGCCAGCCUGCUGUGCCAGCUUCUGCUCUGACCAGACUCCAUAGGCUAUGGCCAGCGAUGUGUGGCUGUACAUCCAUGGCACAGCUUUGUCCUCUGUAAUGGAACUGGGGAUAUUUUCGUUAGCCAUAAAAUCUAUAACCCUUGUCUGAAUCCUACCAAGCUCUUGGCCCCAUAACAUCCUGUAGCAAGGAGUUCCACAGGCUCAUUGUCCAUUCUGGGUAAAAAUGAAGAAUUUCCCUUGAUCAGUGUUAGAUUCGUUGCCUUUUAUCAUCAGUGUACCUCCCCUGGUUCUCACUGAGACAGAGCUCCCACCCGCUUUCUUAUCCCAUUCAGUCUUUGACAUGGCCCUGUCAUGUCCCCUCCUAUUCAUCCCAUCUCCAAACAGAGCAGAGUCAGGGGGAAUGGUCACAGGAGCUCAGCGUACGGGUAACUCUGCUCCCAGUGGAGUCGAACUAUAGAUUUCAGUGAGAGACCACCCAGUCCUUGAAACUCCCCGUCCUCAGAUGGAGCCUCUCGGCAUUGUGGGCACUUGCCUCUGAGCCUCCUUCGAUUCCUGGGGAACCAGACCUGACCUUACUGUUGCAGGUCAUGGAAUGCCCCAUAUCUGUAUAACAGAUCCUAGCUCUCUGAACUCCCCACACAGCCGGUGGCAACGGAGCAUCUCCCAGCCGGCACUGUAUUCAUGCCCACACAGCCCUGGGAGGCCAGGCAGGGCUAUUGCCUGCUGGACAGAUGGGCACUGAGGCACAGAGCUCAAGUCUGUGCAGCACAGGGAAUUGAACCCAAGUCUCCCAGGCAGGUGCCAGCCUUGCUCUCCAUGGCACCGGUUUUGGAGUUGGUCUCCAUCCCAGUCUUGUGCAGCUGUUCUGCACGCUGCUGAGUGACGAGCUGGCACACUCGCUGUUCCAGUCAUGCCCGGGUCGAACCUGAGCCAUUCAGAUCCAUUUCAGCCCCCCGGUGUGAAGGAAUCACAGAUCAGGCAUUACCAUGCUCUUGUCGAGACACUUUCCCCUGCAGUCACUCCAGCCAUUCUCCUCACUCAGCUAGGGCUUGCUGGCCUUCCUAGUCUUGACUAACCUCAGUAUUGUGUCAUCUGCCAGCACACUCUUUCCUUGUCCCCAGCUCCCUAGGGGUGUGCAGUGAGAGCGGGGCGGCAGCAGGAGAUCCCAGCAGCAGAGCAGCUCAGCAGCACUGGCCUCUUCGUAUUUUCUUUUUCCUUAAGUAAAUCCAGGGAAAUGAAAUGCCAAAGCUGAUGUUAAUGCAGUGAUGAAGUCAGGAAAUUCCACAAGUUCAGGGAGCCGAACUCUUCAGUGGCGUGUACCCCCCACUAUCUUGGCGGGGCAAAGUCCCAGGGCUUUUGCUUCACAUUUUGGGCAGAUUGGCUGCUCUGGCUCCCUAGCAGAUAGGCGCCACUUCCUCCUGUUUGCUCUCAAGCUGUCUGGUAAGUUCUCCAGGCUGUGCAGCCUGGCUGGGUCAAUGCUGCGGAGAAGACUGUACUGAUGGGCCUUGCUGUCAUGGGAGUGUUUGUUUGCUGUCCCCAUGAGGCUGUGUUAACAUUUGAUUGGAGGGGCAGAGCAGAUUCUCAGGGAAAAGGCUUUGCUCGGAGGGCGCGAAGGCUGAAAGUGCCUGUAGGUGACUCAGUAAAGAUUGGCGAUUUCAGAAAGCAGACGGGAGCAAGUUCGUUAGGAUGGGUUGUCUUGCUGUAGCACCCAGGGUCCCGGACAGGAUCUGGCCCUGUCGUGGCUGCAUUGGCUAUGCCCUCAAGAGGUGGCAGACUGAAAAGAUGAGAAAUUGACAAAAGCGGGUAGACUAGGGCUCCAAAGGCAAGCAAAUGGGUUGGAUGAGGGGCUCCAGCAGUGCCCUAUCCACAGAUCUGUAUUCACUGAUCUAAAAUUGUUUAACCACCCCCUCUUUCCCCUGACCCCUCUCUGGGGCUUGGAGCUACCUCCAGUCGCUGCCUGCUCUCAGCUUUCCCCUGACAAUUCGCUGUGAUGCCAUUAGCCCUGACACUAGGGCAGGGCCAUGUGCAACCUUCCCCGCUGGGCCUCCUGACCAUCCCCAGAGUCCUGCGAGCCUUCGGAGUUCAGAGCUGGCUGGUGAGCAGCUUCUCUCUGGAGCCACUAAUAGGGAGAGCGCAGUGAGCAGGGGACCUGGGUCUAUCUGCGGGAGGGUGAGUGGUGAGUUCACGGGGCAGUAGCUGGUGGGUUCCAGGCGUGUGUGGCAGUAACACGGGAAGUGUGUGUGGGGGGGUGAGUGCAGAGGUGCUGGACAUGAAGGGAGCAGUGGAGUGGGGGAGUGAGGGCAGGGCUUGAGGAGUGGAAUGGGGACAGGAUGGGAACCCUAGACUGGCUAGGAAGAUUCUCCAGGCUCCGAGCAGAGAUGGGCUAGAGCAGGAGAGCAGGGCUCCAGAAGAGCAGCACGGUGAUGGGAAGCAAAGGCUGCUACAUCCUUGCCCCUCCUGGCCCCACCUUGCCUUGCCUCACCCACACUGGGCCCCAGGCAUUGCCUGCUGGGCCCCCCUCUCCUAGCUGCCUCUGCAGAAAGCCCAGGCUCGACAUGCGCAUCAUCUGUGCUUGUUCUGUCUGAGUUACCUGGCGCGUGCAGUGCGAAAUCCAGAGCAUGCAACCCCAGGGCAAGGCCACGGGACAGCGUGUCCCCAGCACUCCAGGUUCACUUACAGCUCUCUCAAGGGCAGCUGUGAACACUUCCCUCCACUCCCAGGGACUGACGCGUCACCAUAACACUGUCGAUCAGCUCACCCACUAGCUACUGGCUGGCUGGAGGAGCCCUCGGCUAAGGGCCAUUCUGCCCAUCUCUGUGCCCAACACGUGCUGUGUCUUACAGCCAACAGUGAGAGCUGCACUGAGGGGUGGAAGGCAGGACCUAAGGAAAGGCACCAGUCAUGUUGAGGUUUCCUGAGGGUGGUUCUGGCUCUAUUGGAGUAGAUCUAACUGGACUUUUAGACUUGUUUCACCACCAGGACAGAUGGAGCCAAAAUCUCCAAAGAUUCUUCUUCCAAGUGCUCAAUGAAAAUCUGUGAUAAAUCAUGCAGGUUUCUGCAGUCUGGUCAGCUGCCCACGUUCAGAACUCAGGAGGCAGGCUCCAGAGACCAUGAGAUUGGCUUUCAAAAAUAACUGGGGCUCUUUUUCUUUGCUUUCUGAUUUCUGAGCCUUUAGGGAGCACUUGGGUCCUGUUUUCGGGCUUUUCUCCACAACUGCGAGGGCUAGAAACUUGCUUUUUUUGGUAAAGGAAAGCUGAGGUUCUCGCACCAUCACAUGCUUCCAGGAGCUGGAGUUUUACAACUCAGAUUGUGAGAGCUGACAACUCUGUUUGUGCACACAAAUGCACUUGCAAAUGUGGAUUUUGUUUAUGCAAAACGAUGCCCUUGCAAGUGCAAUUUUUUGCACCUGAAAGGGGAUACACUUGCAAAGCGAUUGAGGUUUGUGUGCAUGCAAAUAAAUGUGCUCUUAGCUACUGUGAGGGCAGUCUGGGAUAACCUUUUGGAAUGUGGCCCUGAGGUUUUUGGAAUGCUGGAAGAAGCUUGAUUACAAUAAUUAGUUGGCUUUUGUUUACCCAAUUUCUGUGCAUUAUUUUGAUUUUGAAUGAUGACUUGAACAUGCAGGUGAUUGAAGUCUGUGGGGGCGUGAGGGGCCCAAAUAAGAUCCAGAUGGUCAUGAAAUUCCAGUCGUGCCCUUGCAUGCCCACUGCUGCUGUGCCCCAGUGCUGUGAGCUGCCCCCUUGCUUCAUAUCACACGCUGGGAGGCUCAGUGUUUGAGCUAACCUAAUGCAGGAGGAAACCAGCCAGAGCACCAGGGAAGAUGCCAUUAAAAAGAUAGGCCAGGCCAGGGCCAGGUUGUCAGACCCUAUUGACAAAGCCCUACAUGCGUCAGGGAGCCUAUUCCCCACCUCCUCCCCUCCUGCAUCCUGGUGAAAAACUGUUAUAUCAUACCACUGUCUCCACCACUCAGGGUGGGACCCUGCUGACCAACAGCCUGUCCCAGUGAUGUCCCGUCAGAGUGCCCACAGCAGGAUGGCUGCCCCGGGGCCCCAGCCUGGAAGGUAACGUCUGCCUGAGACAUCCCUCCAGCCUUGUCACUCCCAUGGGGCCUGCAGCUCUCCCUGCCUGUUCCUGAGGCUGUUGGUCGCUGCACCAGGACCAGGAGUCAAGACAGGCACUGACAUUCCCUCUGCUCCCCUGAGGACAUGGGGGCUGGGGAAUGGAUUCUUCCUCUCUCUUCCCCCGCCGCUCCCACUGCUCGUCUGAUCUCUCUUCCUUUUUGCCUGCACCUUCUGCCUGCUCCUCCUGAGCCCGCCCCCAGCAUCACCUGCCACGGGCAGCAUCCGGUGGCACCUUUGGGGAACUCUAACUGAGCGGGGCCCCUGGCUGUGAGAGCCAUUAUCUCUGGCACAGGGGGUGUAGAAGCCCCUGAGACCAGGCCUGUGAGCUGCUGUUCUGUGGGGUCAGCACAGUGAGGGGCACUGGGCUGAUGGGCCCCCAGCAGGUGGGGGCUGCAGUCCACCCUAACUGCAAUGCAGGCACGGGGGCCUGGAUCACGGUCAUCAGCUGGUGUCUGUGGAGCUGGGGGCAGCCCUAGGUGGGAGGGGCAUUUAGCUGAUGUUGGUGUGUCGAGCUGCAGCGAGAUGUCCAGGAGCGCCCUGGCUGGGGCUGAUUUGACCCACUGGAUGGAGGGAGAGGUGGUGGCAAUGGCUGUGUCUUCCCACCAAUGUCCCCUCCUCUCGCCAGGGCUGGGAUUGGGCCAGGUGCUGUCAUUCAGACAGGCAGGGCAGUGGGGAGGAGGGCCUCCUGGCCAGAUGGGCUUGUGAGGGACUGGGGAGCUGCAAUGCCUGGUGUGGUCCCGCUCAGAGCUCAGCUGGGCUGUUGGGCUGCCGGGCAAGAGGCUGAUCUGGCCUGAUGGGUGGGGUGAGCUUGCACCCGUCCCCUGCAGGCCUGGAAGGGGCAGGUGGGCACUGGCAGAGGGGGUGGGAGGUUGACCAGGCAGAACUUCAGGUGGGAAGGGAUGGGAACACCAGCAGCCUGCCUAGGCCUGUUGCACAGGUAGGAGAUAGGAUGGGGGGCAGGAUGCAGCUGGGAAAGGGAAGAAGAGAGAGAUGAGAGUGCAGGGGGAUAAGGGUAAGGAUGGCAGCGGGAUCGGGGAGGGGGCUGAGGGGACUCCCUGGGACCUUUGGAGGGGCUGGAGAGGGGACUUGGCAUGUGAGAGAGUUAAUGCAGUGAGGGCAGGAGAAUGAGCGGCAGGGCCAGAUGCAAUAGGCAGGAGUCAGGGUCUGGCUGGCUGACACAUGAGGGAGGGGCAGAGAGCAGGGCAGUGGGAGGGAGGGAGGAAGGAAGGAAGGACAUUAUUGUGAGGCUCUCACCCUCCCUGUUGCUUGUGGCAGGACCAGUCCUGUUCCCCUCUCCUCUCCUUGCCCCAGACCUGCUCUGCACAGCUCAGGUAGGAGCAGGAACAGCAGACCCAGAGGGAGCAGGAGUCCUAGUGAGAGUCCUGUGCCCCUGGGAGUCACUCUUGGGAGUCAUGGCACUGGGACACCCCCUCAGGGACUAGGUGCCUUCAGGCAGGCAGGCAGCUGGCUUACUUGGCCUGCUUCCAACUCAUCCUUUUUCUCAAGUAUCAGAGGGGUAGCCGUGUUACUGUGGAUCUAUAAAAGCAGCAAAGAGUCCUGUGACACCUUAUAGACUAACAGACAUAUUGGAGCAUGACCUUUCGUGGGUGAAUACUCACUUCGUCAGAUGCAUGAGUGAUCCUUUUUCUCAUCACUCUGGUCUGCUCCCGCUCAGGAUGGGGGUAGGGACAGGGUGGUGGCUGCUGCUGGUUCUGAGAGCAGCCCCUUCUCUUGGGGGCCUUUGAAAGGCCGGUAGCCAGUGGCGUGAAGCAAUGUGAAGGGGCAUUGCUGGAAGGCCCCAGCAUGCAUCUCACAGGUGUCCCAGAGCUGGGCUGCAACUCUUUCCAGCCUUCUGCUGUGCCCUGGGCCCUGGAACUGUACAGCUGUAAAUUCUCCUCCUCCCAACUCCACGCUGCCCAGGAACCUCCUCUCCAGCCUCACACUGUGGUGGUGGGUCUUGGCUGGGGAUAGAGAUAGAUCUAUUUUUUGUCCUUUCCUUUCCUACAACUGUUGUGUUACUAACUGUGUAUUCAGUCUAUCUGGGAAGCCAGUCUGUCAAUGUAAGUGCACUUAACCCCUGGAUGGUGUUUGUCUAUUGGCUUUUGCUAAAUAAAUCUUUCAAUUUCUCAAG